AUGUCGACCAUUGCCCCGUCGGCCCAGCAGUCGGGUCACAAGCCCAUCAUUCCCAUGUCGUUCAACGCCAACCAACCGGAAAAGGUGACGUUGUACCCGCUGUCAAACUACACCUUCGGGGUCAAGGAGACGCAACCGGAGGAGGACCCGUCGGUGAUUGCGCGGCUGAAGCGCUUGGAGGAGCACUAUGCUGAGCACGGCAUGCGCCGCACCUGCGAGGGCAUCCUCGUUUGCCACGAGCACAACCACCCGCACAUCCUGAUGCUGCAGAUUGCCAACGCCUUUUUCAAGCUUCCCGGCGAUUACCUACGUCCUGAGGACGACGAGGUCGAGGGUUUUAAGGCCCGCCUUGAUGAGCGUCUCGCCCCGGUCGGCCGCCUAGGUGAGGGCGAGGAGACGGGAACUUGGGAAGUAGGAGAUUGUCUUGCCCAGUGGUGGCGCCCCAACUUUGAGACGUUCAUGUACCCUUUUGUUCCGGCCCAUGUUACCCGCCCAAAGGAGUGCAAGAAAGCCUACUUUAUUCAUCUACCGAAGACGAAGGUCCUUAGUGUCCCUAAGAACAUGAAGCUCCUUGCCGUCCCGCUGUUUGAGCUCUACGACAACACGGCACGAUACGGUCCCCAGCUCUCGGCCAUCCCUCACCUCUUGAGCCGCUACAACUUUGAAUUCGUCGACGAGAAUGGCAAGGUCGUUGCCGUAACGCCGGGCUCCGCUGCCCCGGAGGGAUACGUUCCGCGGACGAAGGUUCUGGCCGGCGACGACACGGAGAUGAAGGAAGAGCCGGUCCAGCAGAACAACCAGGCCUCGUGA